AUGAUAGCACCAGAUAUUCAGAAAGAUAUAACCAAGUGUUUUUCUUCUGAAAUCCUAAGUCAAAUUGUUAAAGAAAUCGGUAAUGGACCAUUUUACAUCCUCUUAGAUGAAUCUAAAGAUAUAUCUUCGAAGGAGCAGUUGGCUAUAGUCUUGCGAUAUGUGCACAAAGGCCAGGUAAUCGAUCGUUUCUUAGGAAUCGAACAUGUCACCAGUACGACUGCCAUUUCACUUAAAGAUAUUGUCGAUGAUUUCUUUUCUCGACAUGGAUUUAGUAUUUCCAGAUUGCGAGGGCAAGGUUAUGAUGGGGAAAGCAAUAUGAAAGGUGAGUAUAAUGGUCUAAAGGCACUGAUUUUGAAAGAUAAUGAUUGCGCGUAUUAUGUGCACUAUUUUGCUCACCAAUUGCAGCUAGCUGUUGUGGCUGUUGCAAAAAAACAUACAUAUGUUGAACACCUUUAUGUCAUAAUGAGUAGCUUGGUGAAUGUUGUGGCUGGAUCAGCCAAGCGUCAAGAUAUGCUUCGUUCCAAGCAAGCUUAUGCAGUCUUCGAGGCGCUGUGUAGUGGUGAGAUUGUAAGUGGGCGAGGCCUUAAUCAAGAAAGUACUCUUAAAAGAGCGGGUGAUACACGUUGGUGUUCGUAUCACAAUACAAUAGUAAGCUUAAUUAACAUAUUCUCAUCUGUUGUAACACUUUUGGAAGACUUAGCUGUAGAUUCUGAUAAGAAGUUCGAAGCCAAGGUUCUUCUAGAUUCUAUGCAGAAUUUCAAUUUUGUUUUCAGCUUACACUUGAUGAAAACUAUUCUGGGAAUUACCAAUGAUUUGUCAAAAGCAUUGCAAAGAAAAGAUCAAGACAUUGCCAAUGCCAUGAAAUUAGUUACAGUAUGCAAGGAACGACUUCAGCUAAUGAGAGAUGAGGAUUGGGAUUCGAUGUUGUCAGAAGUAUCCUCUUUUCAUACAAGGAACCGCGUCAAAAUUCCUGAUAUGAAUGAUGUGUUUCAACGGGAAGGUCGACCCAGGCGUAAUGUUGAAGCGGUAACUAAUUCAUACCAUUAUCGAGUUGAAUAUUUCAAUACAGUCAUAGAUAUGCAACUGCUGGAACUAAAAAAUCGUUUCAACGAGACAAAAUACUGA